CUUGAACAACAAGCACUGCCCACUAUGAGUUACAAUCUUUCCGGUGGAGCCUUGAGAGAUGUGUUCUCCAUCAAGAAGCACGCGCUGGUGAACACUCCCAUUAUUUUACAGGUUACUAACAUCAAGCCUGUGCUUUACAAGGACGAAGUGAAGAAGUACAGACUUCUUCUCAAUGAUGGCCAAUACGCAGCCCAGGGUCUUGUGGAUGAACCUUGUAUCACGUAUUUGCAGAAUAACAACUUUUCCCGUUACUCCAUUAUUGAAGUUAAGGAGUUCUCGACGUUUCCUACUCAGAAACACAUUUUCAUAGUAAAGGACGCGGUCAUCGUUUCGCCAACUAGUGAAAAGGGCAACUCUAACGAUUAUAUCAGCGUUGAUACGUACUAUGCCGAACAUCCGGACGAUGAUAAUUUACAAAUCGCCCAGAGGCAAGCUGCUGCGCGUUCUGAAUCCCCAAUUCCUGGUAGUGAACAGAACAGACCUCAGCAAUUUCAACAACCACAACAGUACCAAAACCAGCCAUCCAAUCGAAACGGAUUCCAGGGUAAGAUUACGCCCAUCGAGACAUUGUCUCCGUACCAAAACAACUGGACCAUCAAGGCUAGAGUGUCGUACAAGGGAGAUCUCAGAACGUGGACUAAUGCCAAAGGAGAAGGCAAGUUGAUUUCCGUCAACUUUUUGGAUGAAUCAGACGAAAUAAAGGCUAGUGCCUUCCAAGAUGUUGCCAUAUCUGCCCAUAAGUUAUUGGAGGAGGGUAAGGUCUACUACAUUUCCAAGGCUAAGGUCCAGGCUUCCAACAAGAAGUUCAACACCUUAUCCCACCCAUAUGAGUUGGUGAUGGACAGAGACACCAAAAUUGAAGAGUGUUUUGAUGUAGACAACGUACCCAAGAUGCACUUCAACUUCAUCAAAUUGAACCAAAUUCCUAACCUUGAUCCAAAUGCCAUUAUCGAUGUCCUUGGAGCCUUGAAGAUUGUUAAUGAGCCUUACAAAAUAACAGCCAAGUCAACAGGUAAGGAAUUCGACAGAAGAAACGUCACCAUUGUGGAUGAAACCGGUUUUGCUAUAGAUGUGGGUUUGUGGAAUAAUACCGCCACUGAGUUCAGUAUUCCUGAAGGCUCGAUUAUCGCUUUCAAGAGUUGUAGAGUUCAGGAUUUUAAUGGCAGAUCUUUAACGUUGACUCAGACUGGUUCCAUGUUGCCUAAUCCAAACACCCCGGAACUGUACCUGUUGAAGGGCUGGUACGAUAACCAAGGUGUCAAUGCCAACUUCAACAACUUGAAGGUAGAGAGUAGUGGUGGCGAAACAAAAAUUGGUGAUCGUAAAACAAUUGCACAGGCUCAAGACGAGAGCCUCGGGCUUCGUUCGGAGAAGGAACCAGACUAUUUCACCGUCAAAGCAAGUAUCUCUUUCAUUAAAACUGAUCCCAACUUCUGCUAUCCUGCUUGUACAAACGAAGUUCAGUACAACAACAGAAAGCUGGCAUGUAACAAGAAGUUAGUAGAACAACACGAUAAUUCCUGGAGAUGUGAAAAAUGUGACAAGAACUACGCACAACCAACCUAUCGUUAUAUUCUUACCUGUUCCAUUAUGGAUGAGACCAAUCAAAUAUGGGUUACGCUCUUUGAGAGAGAGGCUCUUAAGAUUUUGGGCAAGGAUGCCAAUGAACUUAUUGCCCUCCAGGAUGACUCUGCCGCUUUCAAAGAUUACAUUCAGGAAAAGUGUUUUCAAGAACAUGUUUUCAGAAUUAGGGCAAAGCAAGAUACUUAUAAUGAUCAGGUAAGAGUCAGAUACCAGUGUGUUGCCCUUUAUGAUAUCGACUAUAACGCCGAAGCCAUUCAUUUGAGUGAGCAAUUGGAUUCAUUAUUGGUUUGAUUUUAUUGUUUUCUACCCAUGUAUUUCUACCAUUCGUUAUGUAUUCUGCUGUUUCCUCUUAAUUGGUGUCUAUAUUGUUAAAUAAGAGUUAAUGUUAUGUACAUGUU